GCACACAAGAUAUCCUUUUGCUUUCAGUGAUAUUUUUCAACUUUCUCUCUCUCUAUAUACCGAUAUGAAGCACGCUCAUAAGUCAUAACAAACACAUAAGCUAUAUUCAUGUCUACUUGGGUUAUAGGCUUUGCUACUAUUAUAGCAGCGGUCCUUAUUUACCGGGUUCUGAAGCCCAUAAGCAGGCCUUCUUCUUCAUUACCUCUUCCACCAGGGCCCAGGCCAUGGCCCAUUGUCGGAAACUUGCCUCACAUGGGCCCUGCGCCACACCAAGGCCUGGCAAACUUGGCUCAGACUCAUGGACCGCUCAUGCACCUCCGGUUGGGCUUUGUCGACGUGGUGGUGGCGGCUUCCGCCUCCGUGGCGGAGCAGUUCUUGAAGAUCCACGACGCCAAUUUCUGUAGCCGGCCACUGAACUUCAGGACCACAUACUUGGCCUAUAACAAACAAGACCUUGUUUUUGCUCCCUACGGCCCAAAGUGGCGGUUCCUGCGGAAACUAACUACCGUUCACAUGUUCUCUGCCAAGGCCAUGGAUGAUUUUAGCCAACUGCGACAGGAAGAGGUAGCAAGAUUGACAUGUAAAUUAGCAAGAUCAAGUUCUAAAGCAGUGAACUUAAGACAAUUGUUGAAUGUAUGCACCACCAAUGCAUUGACAAGGAUAAUGAUAGGACGACGAAUUUUCAAUGACGAUAGCAGUGGUUGUGAUCCUAAGGCGGAUGAAUUUAAAUCUAUGGUGGGGGAGCUUAUGACAUUGUUUGGAGUUUUCAAUAUCGGAGACUUUAUUCCUGCUUUAGACUGGUUAGACCUUCAAGGAGUGAAAGCCAAGACAAAGAAACUACACAAAAAGGUUGAUGCAUUUUUAACUACCAUUCUUGAGGAACACAAGAGUUUUGAGAAUGACAAGCACCAAGGCUUGUUGAGUGCAUUGUUGUCACUUACAAAGGAUCCUCAAGAAGGACAUACAAUUGUUGAACCAGAAAUCAAAGCAAUACUUGCAAACAUGCUUGUAGCUGGGACAGACACAUCAUCAAGCACAAUAGAGUGGGCAAUUGCAGAACUUAUCAAGAAUUCAAGAAUUAUGGUUCAAGUCCAACAAGAGUUGAAUGUUGUUGUAGGACAGGAUAGGCUUGUGACUGAACUAGAUUUGCCCCACCUCCCUUACUUGCAAGCUGUGGUGAAGGAAACUUUACGUCUCCACCCACCAACCCCUCUUUCCCUCCCACGGUUUGCUGAAAAUAGUUGUGAGAUAUUCAAUUAUCACAUCCCCAAAGGUGCAACUCUCUUGGUUAAUGUAUGGGCCAUAGGACGCGAUCCUAAGGAAUGGAUUGACCCAUUGGAGUUCAAACCUGAAAGGUUCUUGCCUGGUAAUGAGAAGGUUGAUGUUGACGUCAAAGGCAAUAACUUUGAGCUUAUACCUUUUGGUGCUGGGCGUAGAAUAUGUGUUGGUAUGAGCUUAGGCCUAAAGAUAGUUCAACUGCUCAUUGCUACGUUGGCUCACUCAUUUGAUUGGGAGUUGGAGAACGGGACUGACCCAAAAAGACUCAACAUGGAUGAAACAUAUGGGAUUACCCUCCAAAAGGCAAUGCCUCUUUCUGUUCACCCUCAUCCUAGGCUUUCACAACAUGUGUAUUCAUCAUCAUCUUUGUGAUUUGGAAUUUAGCUUUCUCUAAUAAUGUGUAUCCUAACAGCAACUCUUGUUGGUAAAAACAUUGUAGUUUAUAAUUGUUCUUUUCUUUUUGACCCUGAAAGACAUUUUUAUGAAAAUAUAUCUAUCUUUAAUUAGCCAUA